AGGAAAUUGUACCAGUGGAGACUAAUCCUACAGAGGCUGAGGAUGACUCAGAGGAUGAGUUUGAUGAUAACUCAGAGGAUGACUCAGAGGAAGAGGCAUAUGAAGAAAUAAAUCUACAUCCAAUUCUUGAUUUUGAUCAAGAAGAUCCUCCUAUGGAAGCACGCAGUACUUUAUCGUAACAUGUUAGAAUUCAAGUUGGCCCUUUGUCAACAUGCAAUCAAACAUGAGUUUGAAUUCAAGACUGAAAAAAAGUUCAAGAAGGAGGUUCCGAGCCUACUAUGCAAGGAAAGUGGAGGAUAAUUGUCCAUGCAGGCUUCAUGCAUCUACAACGGUGGACAAGUGCACUGUUAUGGUGAAGAGGAAUAAUUUUUCUCAUGCUUGUUCUAGCAGUAGAAGGAAAAAGACCGUACAAAAUGCUACCAAACAUUGAAUAUGUUGGAAGGUGAAGGAUUUUCUGAUACAAGAGCCUACUUUGGGAGCAAGAGCUUUGCAAAAGAAACUUAAAGAGCACCACAAGGUGAUCAUUCCCUAUCACAGGGUAUAUAAGGGUCAACAACUUGCAUUGAAACGACUUUAUGGUGAUUGGGAUAGCAGCUUCGAUAACUUGUUUAGUUUCAAAGCAGAAAUUGAGAGGUCUUCUCCUGGUAGCUCAGUCAUUAUUGAUCAUUAUACAGUAAAUAGAAAAAUCAGAUUUAGGAGAUUUUUCUUUGCCAUGAAACCUUGCAUAGAUGGGUUUCUCAAUGGUUGUAGACCUUACUUGGCAAUAGAUAGCACAUUCCUGUCAGGCAAGUUCAAAGGGUAAUUGGCUAGUGCUUCUGCAGUUGAUGGACAUAAUUGGUUGUAUCCUGUUUGUGUUGGAGUUUUUGAUUCUGAAACUAAUGACAAUUGGAUCUGGUUCAUGAGUAGGCUUAGAGAGGUUAUUGGAUCACCUUUGGGUUUAGCGAUAAGCACAGAUGCAGGCCAGGCAAUCAUGGCAGCUAUUGCUGAAGUGUUUCCAGAGGUAGAGCAUAGAGAGUGCAUGUAUCAUUUGGUUACCAAUUUCAAGAAGAGGUAUCGUGGGAAGGUUUUUGAUGAAAACCUGUGGGCAGAAGCUUACUCAUGGAACUCAUACAUGUUUGAGAAACACUGGGCAUUGAUGGAGAAAGAAAAGCCUGCUGCAACUAAUUAUCUAAGGAAGUCUCACAAGAAGUUGUGGACUAGAAGUCAAUUCUCUUCUAUUUUCAAAGUGGACUAUGUGACCAACAACUUGGCAGAGUGCUUCAACAAUUGGAUUAAAGAGUACAAGUCUAUGAAUUUGGAUGGUUUGAUGGAUAAGAUCAAACAAUUAAUUAUGAUCAAGUGGAACCAAAGGAGGACACUUGGAAAGAAGUUAGAUGGCUUGAUUCUUCCCCGUAUAAUUAAAAAGUUAAAUGAAAAGAGUAGAAAUUUGAACUUGGAAGUGGCUGUAUGCUCAGAGGAGAUGGCUGAAAUUACUUUGCUUGGUGGCAGCGGCAUUAGGUUUGUGGUGAACUUGGCUGAACAAACAUGUUGUUGUAGACAAUGGCAAGUCUCUGGCAUUCCUUGCAAACAUGCACUAGCAUUCAUUACAUCACUAACUAAUGCCCCUAUUGAGAAAUAUGUUGACUUGUACUACUCCAUCGACAAAUUUAGAGUAGCGUAUAGUUCAUUAAUCCCUACUAUGACUGACAAGACACGAUGGCCUAAAUCUGACCAUGGCUUCUUCAUGCAUCCACCACUACUAAAGUCUGUAGCUGGUACGCAUAAAGCUGAGAGACACAAAGGCUGUAGUGAUAAGAAGACAAAAAAAGUGCAGCACCAAUGUCCUAUCUGUAAGGAAUACGGGCAUCACUGGCCGAGUUGCAGGAAGGGCAGCAAAGAAGACAUUGAGACAAUGAAAACUUUGAGAAGGACACCAGUAAAGAAGAAAAAGGUUGCCAAAUCAGCACAGAGUUCUAUUGUGCCAUUGCAGGAUGAACCACCACCACGUUCUAUGACUUUUCCACCAAGUCAAAAUUUGGAACCUGAACCCACAACUGAUAAGAAGAGAAAGGGCACUGACUCCACUUCUGGACCAUCAGCAAGCUUGGAGAUUACAAGUAGGAAAAAGGGAAAGCAGGUUUCCUCUAACUCUGGAGCAUAAAAAAGGUAGCCUAUACUAAAUCUGAAUUUAUUUUGCAUGAUCAUUUUUUUCAUUUUGAUCUUAAAUAUUUUGUGGUACACAUGAACAUGUACAGGUCAAGAAGUGGUUCAAAUCAACCUGAACCAGUUUCAAUUGAGCUUCCGACGUUCAAAGAGCAACCAAAAGAUCCUGUCAAGUUAAAGGGCAAAAAGAGGAAGAAAGAAGUAGAUAAAACUGCUGCAAAAACUAAUUUGUUGCAGUUUGAUAGCCCUGCAAUGGGCACAAGGAGCAAAAUACUUCAGCCUAGUAGUCCUGCACUAGGCACAAGAAGCAAAAGAAGAUUGAGUUUGUAAUUCCUGUAUGAGAAAAGAUGCUUCAAUGUGUGUUCUGUUAGAGCUAUCUAGGUGGAGAACUCAUCUAUGAGUCAUGUAAUGGAUGCAAACCUAUGACAAUAUUAUUGUGUAUGUCAACCUGUAUGUUACUCCUAUUAUGAUCAUGCACUCUAGUUAUAUUGAACCUAUGAAAACUUUUCAGAAAAUGUGUUAUUGU